AUGUCUGACACUCACGAAACUACCAGAGAGCGCCUGGAUAUGAACCUUGAUGAGAACAAGAAGCCUGUGUCCCUGGUAGAAAGUGACGUCAGAAGUGAGCCUGAGCAUCUCCCAGUCAUUAUUGGAGCCACUGUACCUACUGGCUUUGAACAAACAGCUGCAGAUGAAGUGAGAGAGAGAUUGAAGUCAUCUUGCAGAAUCAGCAAAGACCAGGGCAAGAUAUAUUUUGAUAUUGUAGUGGAAAGUCUGGCUCAGGUUCAUUGUCUGAGAUCAGUUGAUAACUUGUUUGUGGCUGUUCAGGAAUUUAAAGAUGACCAGUUCAAAGCUACAAAGGAAGAAGUUCUAAGAGACUUUGAAGAACCGGCUGGAAAACUCCCCAAGUCAGACCCUUUGAAAGUCUGGCAAAUUAACACUACUUUCAAGAAGAAAGCAAAACAGAGAAAGGCAAAUCAGAGUGCAGGGAAAGAGAAGGCUGACUGUGGACAAGGAGGCAAAGCAGAUGAGAAAGAUGGCAAGAAAAAGCAUGCCCACAGCACUUCAGAUUCACAUAUCUUGGACUAUUAUGAAAAUCCAGCCAUCAAAGAAGAGAUAUCAACCUUAGUAGGUGAUGUCUCGGCAUCUUGCAAAGAUGAAACUGGUCAAAGCUUAAGAGAAGAAACUGAACCACAAGUACAGAAGGUUAGAGUCACCUGCAACAGAGCAAGAGAGAAACAUUGCUUUACUUCCAAUGAGGCUGCGAGAAAUUUUGGUGGUCCUAUUCAAGAGUACUUUGAGUGGAAGGCUGAUAUGAACAACUUUCAUGUAGAGGUUCUCCUGAACAUCCAUGACUAUGAAGUCAUUGCUGAGAUUGCACUGACAGAAAAGAGUCUGCAUUGCAGGAAGAUUACACAUUUUGGGCCUACAACUCUUAGGUCAACUCUUGCCUAUGGGAUGCUCAGGUACUAUGAACCGAAACCUACUGAUAUAAUAGUGGAUCCAAUGUGUCAAGCAGGGACAAUACCAAUAGAGAGGGCUACUGAGUGGUCUCACUGUUACCAUAUUGCUGGGAACAACAACCCACUGGCAGUGAACAGAGCAGCAAAUAACAUUUCCUCUCUAUUAACUAAGAACCAGAUUAAAGAUGGAAAAACAUCCCGAGGUUUGCCCACUGAUGUUGUUCAGUGGGAUAUCUGCAACCUCCCACUUCAAACUGCUUCUGUGGAUAUUAUUAUAACAGAUAUGCCAUUUGGAAAAAGGAUGGGCUCCAAAAAGAGAAAUUGGAAUCUAUAUCCAGCUUGCCUUCAGGAAAUGAGCCGUGUCUGUAGACCAGGGACAGGUAGCACUGUACUGCUUAUUCAGGACAAGAAAUGUUUUACCAAGGCCUUAUCUGGAAUGGGACAUGUGUGGCGAAAGGUCCAUACAGUCUGGGUGAACAUUGGGGGCCUUCAUGCUACAGUUUAUCUUCUAAAACACAUUCUUCAAGCCUUUGUUCAUCCUUCAGAUCAAGGAGGAAGAGACCUUCCUUGA